AUGGAGCCCAGAUCCCUCAUUCCAUCAUGGAGCACCACUCCCAUUCCCAAUAUCACACUCUCCGCCAGCGGCCUUCUCGUCCUCGCCGAUCUCCGAACAAUAUCUCGCCGCACAGCUCUCACCGGUGGCUCCUCAUGGAUUGACGCCCUUGUUCUCGCUCCUGGCCUACAUUACCAACAAGCAUGCGAUGACCUCGAGCGUGAGGCCCCCGUCGGCUUGAUAGCGCUGUCUACACAGGCUCUCGGGGAGAUGCAAUACGCCGUGAAGAAUACUAUGACCGCAAAUUACCUCAAGAGUCUUUGUAUGGAUGGUGCUCAGGAGAUUGUCACGCUAAAUGUUGGCUUGGAUACGCCAUGGGAUGUCAUCAAGAUUCUUGGGAAAGUGAUCAAGAAUCGCAGAGUCACAGACGAGGAAGAGGAAGAGGAAGAUGACGAUGCAGACCACGAUGAUUGGGCUUCCCUAUCCGAUGUAGAUUGGCUAAGCCACCUCUUCUAUCUCGGCAGUCCGCUGAUAACUUCCACAUCGAUCGCCUUCAUGGUCAUAUUUGAAGACUGGUGGGGUCUCGCCAUUCUUCUCACUCUCAUCACCUCGCGCAUCCUCAACAUCUGGGCCAUAAAACAACGAAUGACGCCCUCAACUUCCUCCCCCGAAAGUAUCGCCAUGACAGAGUAUCGCAUCGACCUUGGCGGACACAGCGUUCGUCUACGCGGUCCCGACGCCGACUUACAAGCUCUCGUAACACACGCCUGGCUACGUGCGCAGUCGAGCCUCGAAGGUUAUCUCGAAGCAACGGCCAAGCUGAUGGUAUACAUGUCCGCUGCCCUGGGAGGAAACAUGACGCAGGCGGGUUCGAUAGUACUUAUUGGUUUGCUGGUUUUGAGCGCAGCGCUAUUAGGUCUUAGUAAUGCGCAUGCCCGCGGAUUUCGCAUGCAUGGACGGUAUGCGAUGCCGCAAAGGAAGAGGGCAAAGGCUAUUGCUAAAUCAUUGGUACCAGAUAGUCAGAGUAGUGCGAGAAGCAUAGAGAACCAACUAGUUUAG